AUGAGUGAUAAGACUGGGAUUUUGAGGAAGUACAAGAUUGUCUUCCUUGGAGAUCAGAGUGUUGGGAAAACAUCAUUGAUCACUAGAUUCAUGUAUGAUACCUUUGAUGAUCAAUACGCAGCAACUAUAGGAAUCGAUUUCCUUUCUAAAACAAUGUAUCUAGAAGAUAACAAGACCAUCCGUUUGCAAUUAUGGGACACCGCGGGACAAGAGAGAUUCAGAUCUCUUAUUCCAUCAUAUAUCAGAGAUCUGCAUGUUGCCGUUAUAUGUUAUGAUAUUACUUUGAAAAAAUCAUUUGAAAACUUGACAAAUUGGAUUAAUGAUGUAAAGCUUGAACGUGGAGAUGACGUAAUCAUCGUAAUAGUUGGUAAUAAAUCUGAUUUAGGAAGUAAAAGACAAGUAACAUCUGAAGAAUGUGAACAAUUAGUUGAAAAAGUUGGUGCUAAAUUUGCAUUAGAAACUUCUACAAAGGCAAAUCAUAAUGUUAAAUUAUUAUUCAAAAAGAUUGCACAAUGUCUUCCUGAUUUUACUGAAGAAUCAGAAGAAAAUAAUACUCAAAACCAACCUGAAACUGUUGAUGUGAGCAUGGAGACAACCACAGAGAAUUCUUCAUCAUGUUGUUAA